GAGGCACUAUAUGGAUUAAAUGAAAUAAUAUAUGUAUUGUCUUUCCUGUCCCCAUGGAUUCUGAGGAUUAGCAAGUCUGAGAAUCAUCAACCCUGCAAGAAUAAGGGCAGGAAUGCUCUAUGCAUCAUGUUCACUAGGGAUAAUUCCUGAAAUGCAUUCUCUCCUCUCCUCUGCAUUUUAGAAUCCCUAGAUGCCUUCAAUGCUUAACCUAAGCACCUGCUUUUACCUUGGGUCUUUCUUAAGCCUCCUCAGCUGCUACUGCCUUCCCCUCUAAAUUGCCUUGUUUUAAUUUUUCUAUAUCUUUACAAAUGUACAAUUGUUUCCCUAAAAGAAUACAAAUCUCAGCAUCUAGAAGUGACUAGCACAUACUAUAAUAGGUGCUUAAUAAAUGCUUAUGGAUUCAUCAUAAAGAACUACCAUUAAUUUGUCCAAAGACCAAAGCAUAAUUUCUUCUGGAUUAAGAAAAGUCUUUCAUUUUGAAGAGUAUAACACAUGUUUUGAGCUCUACAAUAGGCUGGGUGCCCCUAAACCCCACCCCCUCAAAAAAAGAGAGGUCGCCUAUUGGCCAAAAGUCUUUUUCCCACCAUUUCCUAAGAUUUAUAAGAGGCAGAAUGGUGAAAGGCAGUGCUGUCAAACUCAAAUAGAAGUGGGGAUCACUAAACUGUACAUAAGGGUCCCUGCAUGCUGAAUAUACCCUGAGAAAACCAGAUAUUAACAUUAUCUAUAUUCUAUUAAAUAGUUCCCAAUUACAUUCAUUUUAAUAUUUUAUUUUCCCAAUUACAUGUAAACUAAUGUUUUCAAAACUUAUAAAAUUCAAAUUGUCUUCCUCUCUUCCCUCCCCCCUCUCAGAGGUGGUAAGCAAUUUGAUCUGGGUUAUACAUGUAUGAUCAUACAAAACACAUCUCUAUAUUAGUUUUCGUUGUGAGAGAAUACUCACACAAAACCAAAACUCCCAAAUAAAAAUACAAAGAAACAAAAGCAAAAAAGGAGUAUGUUUUGAUCUGCAUUCUGAUCCCAACAGCUCUUUCUUUCUAGUUCUCUUCUCUAGUGGUAGAUAGCAUUCUUUGUCAGAUGUCCUUCUGAAUUGUCCUGGAUCAUUGUAUUAUUAUUGAGAAUAGCUAAGCCUUUCAUAAUUGACCAUAGCACAACAUUGCUGUUCCUGUGGACAACAUUCUCCUGGUUCUGCCUACUUCCCUCUUCAUCAGUUCCCAAAUACAUUUUAAUCUGGGAAUGUGGGCAGCAAUGAGGAUGUUGGCGGAGAGAGCUGACCUCAAAGCCAGGGAGAAUUGAGUACAAAUUCUAUCUUUUACAAAACCUGUGGCUCUAGCCUAUAUUUUAGUCCUCUAGGCAACUCUUUAAAAUUAUAAAUUGUGGAGAAGGUGCGGAGCUGCCUAAGAGGAGAGACUUUCCUAGACCACAGAACCAUUCCUCUGAUGGAAUUGUAGCCUUAACUUUAGGGGAAAUUACCCCAAAUGCCAUUGACCUUGAUUGGAAGAAGAGGCUUGUAGGUAGGAGAGAAGGAUGGGAAGCACAAAGGGAGGGAGAGAGAACCAAGUUUAGGGACAUGGAAAAUGGACAGGAGGUUUCUAGUCCUAAGUAGAACUGUGAAGGUAAUUUAGGCACAAAAAAGUUCCAGCUUAGGGGCCAGGGAAUUCUUCUAUUUUGUUAAAUGACCAUACUUUCCCCUGUAAGAAUAUAGUCAGUUUUGCUGGGUAGUUGAUUCUUGGUUGUAGACCUAGUUCCCUUGCUUUCUGGAAUAUUGUAUUCCAUGCCUUUUGGUCCUUCAGUGUAGAUGCAGCCAGAUCCAGUGUUAUCCUCACUGUGGUUCCAUCGUAUCUGAAUGACCUUUUCUUGGCAGCUUUUACUAUUUUUUCUUUGAUCUGAUAGUUCUUGAAUUUGACUAUAACAUUCCUGGGUGUUUUCAGUUGGGGAUUAAGUACAGGAGGUGAUCUGUGGAUUCUUUCAAUCUCCACUUUUCCCUCUUGUUCUAGAAUUUUUUCUUUGAUAAUUUCCUGUAGUAUGAUGUCCAGGCUUUUUCUUUGGUCUUCCGGUAGACCAAUGAUUCUUAAGUUGUCUCUCCUGGAACGAUUUUCUAAAUUGUCUGUUUUGUGAAUGAGAUGCUUCAUAUUUUCCUCAAUUUUUUCAUUCUUUUGAUUUUAUUUUAUAGUAUCCUACUGCCUUGUGAAGUCUCUUGCUUCUAAUUGUUGUAUUCUGGUUUUUAAAGACUGGAUUUCAUCCCUGGCUUUGGGGGUCAGGGAGAGAAACCAGUGCUAUACCUUUCCACCUGUGGUUCAAAUAUAUUGUGAGUUUUUUAUUCUCUCUGGUGCAGUGGGCAGAGCACCGGGCUUGGAAUCAGGAUAACACAUGUUCAUGAAUUUAAAUCUGGCCUCAGACACUUACUAGCUGUGGCAAGUCACUUAACCUUGUGUGCCUCAAUUUCUUCAUUUGUAAAAUCAGCUAGAGAAGGAAAUGGCAAACCAUUCUAGUAUCUCUGCCAAGAAAACCCCAAAUGGGGUCAUGAAGAGUUAGACACAACUGAACUCCUCAACAACAAAAUUCAUUCACCCAUAUCCCACUAAUUUACUGCUGUGCUUGGAAAACUUACAUUUUUUGUUUCUUAUUUUCUUAUCAAUUUAUAUUGUUUGUUUUUUAAACUAGUAAAUGAGAUUAAAAAACAGAACUUCAAAGCUGUAUUUUGUAUUGGAACUUAAUGUUUACAAAUAAGUGGGAAAGAAACAUUUUGCCCGAGUUAAGCUGGGGGCUCAGAAAUCCUACUUUAGAACUGUUAGGGCAAAGUAGGCCAGAGGUGGGGUGGGGUGAGCACUGCACAAUUAUAAGGUUCCUAAGCUAGCAAAAACAAAACAAAACAAAACAAAACAAAACAAAACAAAACAAAACCCAGAAACCAGGUUCUCCUACAAGUAAAAUGGUGAACUACUAAGAACCCCAAGCUCUGAAGAGAGCAAGUGUAGGCAUUAAAAACAAAACAAAACAAAACAAAAAACCCUACUUUCUGCCUUAGAAUCAAUAUCAAGUAUGGGUUCCAAAGCAGAAGUAUGAUAAGGCUAGGCAACUGAGGUUAAGUGACUUGUCCAGAGUCAUACAGCUAGGAAGUGUAUGAGGUCAAAUUUGAACUCAGAAUCGCCUGUCUCCAGGCCUGGAUUUCUAUUUACUGAGCCUUUUUUUUUUUUGCCUUAGUAUCAGUUCUAAGACAGAAGAGCAGUAAGGACUAGGUGGUCGAGGUUAAAUGACUUGCUCAGGGUCACACGAGCAAGGCAGGCAUUUUUAUCUUCCCUUUCCCCUGGCAGCUCUGGUUUUAUCUGCAAGGGUUUGUAUUUAAAAAAUAAAUAAAUAAAAGGUUUGAAAAAUGAAAGCCAUGCCCCACAAAAGGGAUGGAGUGAGUUUCUUGGAAAGGCAAAGUCACAUAACUGAAAGGAGAAAAAAUUUUAGCCAUAGACCACUCUGAGAUUCUAAAUGUUAAUUUUGUUAAUUUAUUUUUGUUUUCUUUUAUAUUACCUAAAUUUCCCCUAUAUACUUCCUGUCCUUUCAGAGAUUCAUCCCAUAUAACAAAGGUUUUUAAAAGAGAAAAAGAAAGGAAAAAAAACUGAACAAAACACCCAGAAGCUCUGGCUCUCCCUUUUUUAUUGUUUACCUAAAAAAGGCUGAUGUCCUCAUUAAGGCUACUGACAGCAUCUGCUGCUUUCAGGCCAUUGUUCAGCCAUCAUUAUAAUUGAGAGAGAACUUGACAGAGUCAGAAAGUCAAACUCCAUCCAUUGUAAAAAUAUUAUGACAAUUUGUGUAAGUUUCCAUAUCUGCAGACACCCCCUUCUCCCUGAGCCCUACACCUUUGCAUGCAGACUCUAAGUUACAAAACAGUUUCUCUCUGUGUCUCUGUCUGCCUGUGUCUGUCUGUCUGUCUCUGUCUGUCUGUCUCUCUCUGUCUCUCUUUCUCUCUCUGCAGUGAGAGUUUCCUCACUAAGAGCUCUAUACACAGAACAAACCACUUGUCUCAACACCACCAAAAAUCCACAAAGAAUCAGCUUGAGACUUGAGGCAAUUUCAUUUCCACAUCCCUGCCAUUUCUCUCCUUACUCAGCUCCCAUUGGGCACAGAUCCAUGUGAAAGAAAAUCCUUUGUAAGCCAUAAAGCAUAAUCCACCUAUGAAAUGGUAUUUUUUGUGGUGAUUAUUAUUGUUUUGGAGCUAUCACGUGUCAGAGUCCUACAAUCUCUACCACUCCUGGAGGCAGUUUCUGAUCCAGGUGUACCCCCGAAUAGAGGAAGAAGCAGAAGGUGUGAUGAAGGAUACAGCUGGAAUUUACCUUGUGACACACCACCGUCAUUACCAUUCAGCUCUUGCGGUUCUUUGCCUUGUGGAUCACAACACAGACUUCUCCAGGGGUACAUCCAAUCCUGGGGAGCUCAUACCCGCUGGGAAAGACAGCCAGGGACACCAGGGGACCUAGCUCAAGCUGGGCUAUUCCUCUAUGAUGAAGUCUCUGGCUUGUCUUCCUUUCCUUCAUGACAGCCAGCUCUGUUAGUCCAGUCUAUAACAACCGCUUAUCCAGAAGCUCUGGCCUUUCCUGCUUUUACCAGCUCCCUAUAGCAGCCUCAGAGUCGGGGGGGGGAAAGGCUGGUGUGCUGCUUUCAGGCCAUCUCUCAGCCAUCAUCAUAGUUGAAAGAACACCUGACUUUCAGGUGGGGCUCCAAGCCUCCCCUACUUUGUAGUCAUGUUACUAUCUAUGGGCAAAUCACUUCAUCUCUGCAUCCCUCAGUUUCUCUGACUCGGAAGCAGAAGUACUAGCGUUUGCAGCACCUGCUUCACAAGGUUAUUAUGAAGAGGACCUGUAUUCUAGACCUUAAAGCCGUCCAAGUGGCUGUUAUUAUGGUUCAUUCUUCAUCGAGUUCCCCCAGAAUGCCUUUAUUUCCUCUGCCCCAUCCAUUACCGUUCUGUUAAAGCUGCACCCUUCCUGCAAUGAUGCCGUCAGGCACCCUGCCCGAGCUUUCUGUAUGGGCAUUUGUUGUUUGCAGAGCAAUGCAGCAGAUAAAUGCUCAGUUUAGCUGCGACCAGGAACAGCUGCCUGAUUGGAUCUUUCUACUGCCCUAGCUCUAUUUAUUAGGAUCCUGCUGUUGCCACAGCUUGACUUGUUCCCUUUGAUGGUCUCUCCUCACUUUCCCCCCCUCGAAAUUCUCCUCAUGAUUUAACAGUCAUUGCAAGGUAUUUGUUUGCAACACAUCUCUUGGACUCAGCACAGACCUUGAGCUCUCUGCCUGAUGUGUCUUUUGCUUCCAUAGACCUGGGGCUUUCCCCUUCUUCCCCUUUCCCUCCACAUGUGGAUUUCCACCCAUUUAUGCAGUCAUCAACUCCAAUGAUGUGCUAGCAUUCCCCAUUCUACUGGCUUUCCUGGCAACAGGGAUCUUGCAUGGAUUGGGGUUUAGCCUUUUACUUCCCUGAAUGCUCCAGGGGGUUGGCCACAGUGCCCAGUGGUAGUUUUGUACCAGAAUGGAAGUAUCUAUGACAAGCAGGAAGUAAAGAUGAGCUGCCUUGGGAUUUUCAUCCCCAAGAAGCACCGGCAGCGUUUUGACGAAGUCGUGUCUCAAAGUCUCAUCAGCAAGCUCUGCCGGACCAAGAGGGGACAGCAGACCCACCGGCUCCGCCGUAGCCGCAGUGAGGACCACCCUGAGCGCCUGAUGGUGUCUACUCGGGCCAGCUCAGUGCCUCGGGGUCCAGAAGAUGUGGGGAAAGGAUUGAGGAAAACCACGUCUCUUAUUGCCAGCAGAGUUGGCUCAGGGGCUGCCCGCAGGACCGUUCGAGUAUACAAAGGCAACAAAAGUUUUGGCUUCACACUUCGUGGUCAUGCCCCAGUGUGGAUAGAAUCUGUCUUGCCUGGGAGUCCAGCUGAAAAUGCUUCCCUCAAGCCAGGAGACCACAUCUUAUUCCUUAAUGGUUUGGAUAUGAGGAACUGCUCCCAUGACAAAGUGGUCUCCAUGUUGCAGGGAAGCGGGGCAAUGCCAACACUCGUGGUAGAAGAAGGAUUGGUGCCAUUUCCCAGUGACUCAGAUUCUCUGGAUUCUCCCAACCCUUCCUCGGCACUGACCUCCCUGCAGUGGGUGGCGGAGAUCUUGCCUGGGAGCAUCCGAAUCCAGGGCAAGACUUUCAGCCAACAGUUGGAGCACCUGCUGACGCCUGCGGAACGCUACACCAUCUGCAGAGCCCUCGAAUGCUUCUUCCAACACAGAAACAUAGAUACCCUCAUUGUGGAUAUCUACCCUGUGCUGGACACUCCAGCCAAACAGGUCCUAUGGCAGUUCAUCUACCAGCUGCUGACCUACGAGGAGCAGGAACACUGCCAACAGAAGAUUGCUCGGUUUCUGGGCUACAAGUCAAUGACAGCUACAUCAGAGAGUGACACAGAGGAGAGACCUCAGAGUUCCCUUCGAGUGGCCUCCAUAUGCCGGGGGAGUAUGAGAAAUCAGGGUUCAGAGGGAGUCAAUAGUGGAGUAGGUCCCAGCGAAAGUGUGGAAAUCCCUAUCUCUCUGACCGCUGGAGAACGCCAAGCUGGUGAUGGCACAUCCCUUCCAGAAACCCCAAAUCCUAAAAUGAUGUCGGCUGUUUAUGCAGAGCUAGAAACUCGGUUGAGUAGUAGCUUCAAAGGAAAAAUGGGAAGUAUAUCCAAACCCAGAGCUUCUCCCCCAGUGGUUGAACCACCAAGUAUCCCAGGGUCCCGGAAGUCUGGGCCAAGCAUCUCCUGGCCGAAUGACCCUCUUCCCCCCCAACCCUGCUAUUAUCACCCGUGCCCUGGGAGCCUCCCCUCCCCAAGCAGCACAGAAUCUCAUCCCUACGUCAGCCUGGAUAGCAGCCCAGCUCCUUCGCCCCAGCUCACAGCCAUGGCCAGCAGCCCCAGCCCCCCCACCUGCAGGAAAAAACUCUUCACUUUCUCAAGACCACCUCGGAAUCGGGACACAGAUCGCUUCCUGGAUGCUCUCAGUGCCCAGCUGGGUGCCCGCGUCACCAUGGUUGACGACUUUCUCACCCCAGAAAAUGACUAUGAAGAGAUGAGUUUCCUCGAUGACCAGGGGAGCUAUGUGACCAAUGACCUGAGCAGCGUCAGCGAGUAUGUCAGUAGCAGUGAGGAGGGCAGCUCCCUGACCUAUUCUUCCAUCUCUGACCACAUCCCCCCACCGCCUCUCAGCCCCCCUCCUCCGCCCCCCCUCCAAUUCCAUGAUCCCAAACCGGCGGCCCCCCGAAACCUCGAUGGCCCUCAUAACCCGGCCACACUGGCCAAGCCCCUUGGGGCCCACUCCCACCAAGUCCCUCCCCCUCCUCCACCACCUCUUCCCCCACCAGUCCCUUGUGCUCCCCCACUGCUCCACCGAGGACUCAGCCAUCGCCGAAGCGAAUCCAACCACAUGAGUGUCAAGCGCCUGCGGUGGGAGCAGGUGGAGAACUCAGAAGGCACUAUAUGGGGCCAGCUUGGGGAAGAUUCGGAUUAUGACAAACUGAAUGACAUGGUGAAAUAUUUAGACUUGGAGCUCCACUUUGGGACCCAGAAACCAGCAAUUUCUCUUCCAGAGCCAACACUUGCACCUGAGCCCUUUAAAAAGAAAGAUGUGGUCGAGAUUUUGUCUCAUAAGAAGGCCUAUAAUACAUCUAUUCUCAUUGCCCACCUGAAGCUGUCUCCGCCAGAGCUUCGUCAGAUCCUCAUGAACAUGGAUAGUGAGAGACUGGAGCCCUCCCAUCUCAAGCAGCUCCUCUUAUAUGCUCCUGAUGCUGAGGAAGAGAAGCGCUAUCAGGGCUACAGGGACACCCCCAGCCAGCUGAGCGAGCCUGAUCAGUUUGUUCUGCAGAUGCUGUCUGUCCCAGAAUAUAAAACCCGGCUGCGCAGCCUCUACUUCAAGACUACCCUGCAGGAGAAAACGGAGGAGAUCAAAGGCAGCUAUGAGUGUGUGCACCAGGCCUCCUUGGAGCUCAAGAACAGCAAGAAACUUGCCAAGAUCUUAGAGUUUGUACUUGCAAUGGGCAACUAUCUCAACAAUGGACAACCCAAGACUAACAAGACCACAGGCUUCAAGAUCAACUUCUUAACUGAGCUGAACUCAACUAAAACUGUAGAUGGGAAAUCCACCUUCCUACACAUUCUUGCCAAAUCACUGAGCCAACACUUUCCUGAACUCCUGGGAUUUGCCAAGGACCUUCCCACUGUGCCCCUUGCUGCCAAAGUGAACCAGAGGAUGUUAACUACUGACCUUACUGACCUGCACAUCACCAUCAGUGAGAUCCAGACGGCUUGCCAGAAAAUGCCUGCCACCAGUGACGACAAGUUUGCUCUGGUCAUGACUUCCUUUCUGGAGAUGGCCCAGCCUGCUGUGCGGGCUCUUGAUACCCUUCAGCACAAGGCGAUGGAGGAGUUUAGCAGGGUGCUGUCUUUUUUUGGCGAAGACUCCAAAGUCACCACUUCUGAAGCCUUUUUUGGCAUCUUUGCAGAAUUUAUGAGCAAGUUUGAGCGGGCAUUCAGUGAUGUGCAGGUCUGUGAGAGCCAGCGCAGCUCAGGAAUGGCUUCUCCCCUGGCCUGGUAGCUGCCAGAGAGUUCCUGACCAGGGUACCUGAUUGCCAACAGAAUGCAACCAAUAUUCCUUCCAAGGAAUGGUCACCCUGUUGCUGUCGCCUAUCUACCCAGCUCAGAAAACGGGCUUCAAACAAGGAGUAGUUGUUGCUGUCUUUAUGGAAGGUAAAGAUGAGUAGGGGGCCCCUGCCCCCUUAGGACUGCAGCAGAUCCAGAACUCCACUUCUGAGAAGCAUCCGAAUUUGACCAUAGUCAUCUUAUGCCUUCGUAUCUUAGGCUGCUGCAGGCCUUUCUUUAAACAGGUCUCUCCUCCCUUCUCCCCGCAUCGUUCACGGGCUGCGUACUAUUCCAUUGCAAAGCACUGACGUGUUGGAGAGCCAUCAGGUUGGUCUGUGUCUCUCAUGGCUUAGUUUCUUCUAAGGGCUGGAGAAUCCACAGAUUUCCUCUUCUGUAGACAUAACUUCAGCUCUUCCCCAAGCAACUCUUUACUUCCUGUGGUUCAAAGUCUACAAGAGAUGAUUCUCUCUGUCUAUCCAUCUGUCUGUCUGUCUCUCUACUUGCUUUCUUUCUGCUCUCCCUGAGAGAAAAUGGUAUGGAGAUAACAAUGUGAGCCAUCAUCUCUUUGGCUCUUAGAAGGCAUAGAUGAGUCAACUUUCUCUGGUGGCAUAUCCUGAAAGACCUAAGGAGGGGAAAAAAGCCCCAAUAAGCUGAAACAAUGAGCAUGUCCUACCCUGGGACCAUCACUGUUGCUAUCCCCAAGGGUCUGCCAAACCAAAGCAAGCCCUUUGCCCAAUGCCUCCAAAUAGAACUGUGGCUUCAGCUACCUCAGACCAGGCCUGCUCUGCAAUGUCCCAGCUAUAUCUGCCGCCAUUGUGUUAUGUUGCUUUCUAUGGAAUUCCUCUGAUUCUGGGUCUCUCCUUUCCCAUAUCCUCUGAGACCAGUACAAGCCCUACAAGGGGCUUGUAGAUACCUAAGGUUUUAUUUGUACCUCUUGCAUGGGGGAGAGGGCAAGGAAAGAACAUCUUGGACCUCUUUCCCUGCUAAACACCACAUUUUCCCCUGUUGAUUUUCCUAUUCAUCACUGACUCUGUGCCCUCAGGAAGAGGGAUUAGACUCGUUCAGUUUAGCCCCAUAAGUCAGAACUAGGAAAAAAGGGUAAAAAGUAUAGAUUGCAUUCUUGCUCAGUACAAGAAAAGCUUCCAAAAAUUGGAAUAGUCCAACAAAGAAGUAGACUGCCCACUGGAGGCCUUCAAGCAGAGCUCAGAUUGUCAUAGAUGGUGUUUGUGCUUAAUGUAGGUGUAUUAGAUUGGAUGACAUCUGAGGUCUCUUCCAAAUUUUAGAGUUUUUGAUCAGUCAAAUAGAAAACAUUGGUCCUAGAUUCUAAUCAUCUCUCUCAUUGUCAAUCUGAUCAAGAGGCCCCAUGCCAGUUUUUGCUAAAGAAGUCUUAUAAAUAACCAUGAACUCAUUUUCCUGGGCUUCCCAAGGAGCCAGUUAUUCAACAAGGAUGUUUUUUUCAUGUAGUAAAUGUAUUAUUUUGUUACACUUCAAAUUAAUAUUUCUCAACAAGGCUUGAAUAUGAAGGUAACAAGUUCAAAUCUUCUAUUACUACUUCCUCUAUACAAACUCAGCAAAAUAAAAAGAGUAAGGUAGCAAAUGAAAAAUGGCAUCCUCUCCUUCCCCUGGCCCAUACAAAUUCACACCAUAUUUGGUUCAAUUUCAUAGAUGACAGAACAAAAUAAAAUUUUUUUAAAAUGUUAGAAGUUACAUUCCCUUAAUUGGCACUUCCUCUAAUUCCUCAUUCAAUAAGAAAAUCUCAUUUUUCUCCACUACUUUCCGUGGAGUGAGAGGAGAAGUCUAUUUUGGGAUAAAGUGGAGAUCCAUGUUCUUAUUUGUAAGUCUGUGCUAAAGGACCCAAGACUUUUGGAGUGAGAGGACAUGGGUUUGAAUCCUGAAUCUGAGGCUUACUCUAAGCUUAGGCAAGUCACUUAACCCCUUUGGACCUCAGUUUUCCAAAUUGUAAAUGUAAAGGUUAAGUGUAAAAUGUAGAGGUUGUAGUAGAUGGCCUCUAAAGGUCUUUCUGUCUCUACAUCCACGAUUCUGUGAUCCCCUGCUGGCUUAUUGUCUGAUUCAUCUUGUUGUUGUUUUUUAAGAAUUUUGCUUUCUGCUCUUCUCUAUAGAAUGUUUAUCAAUUUUGAUUUCAGUAACUAAGUGCCAGACUGCUCCUGCUUUGUACUAAGUGGUUUUCAGACUCCUUCACCCUUGGUUUUCUGGAGUCUGGGGAUCAAAGGACACACAGAAACUCGCCAUGAAACAACCACAUCAGAUAUCAUCCCCUUCACAUUUGGUGUAUGUCAGUCACAUAUUGGAAACGACGGAGGGUACUUGGCAAUAACCACCAUCCAUGGAAAGGGCUGGACACAGACUCAACUCAUUAUAAUCUAAUAGAAGAGCAAGAUAUGCGGUUUAUCUGGAUUUUUUUUUCAGAUGAUGUUUUAAUUUGAAAGUUUUCAAAGGUCCUUGACAUCUGAGCUGGGGUUUAAUAAUUGGUGUGUAUUCCACAACUGUACCCCAUCUCCACCCUCACCUCUACCCCAAUCCCUCAUCUUCUUUCUCUCCAUUUCCCAAAUUCACAUGUUGUUCCUCCCUAAUAAAGUUGCUGGCUUUUGCCUACUUCCCAUUGUCAAAAUCCACUGUGAAAAGUAGACUGGGAACGGGUUCACUCCUGGGGUCCACCCAAAGAAAGCUUCAAGGUAGGCAACACAUUGUGUCAGGAGUGGAAGCAGCACCACACAAUUCUCUGACAUGUCUCAUUGCCCAUCGGGCUGCUUUCCCAUUAAAACAGAUGCCACUCUGGGCCAACUAAUGCUCACCUAGGGGUUUAGAUAUGCCCUUCCACCUGGAAAGAAAGAUACAUUGGUGCAGGUUAUCCCAAAAGUUUUAAUAAUUAUUUCAGAAGUGUAAGUGGAGCCCAUGCUUACCAUGAUCUUGGGCAAGUCAAUUAACUCUUUUGGUCUCAUUUUCCUAAAGUGUAAAAGAAGGGGUUGGACUAUAUGCCUUCUGAGGUCCCUUCCAUCUCUAAAUUCAGGAUUCUAUGAUCACUUGCUGAAAUGUUAUUUCUGUAGAGAUAUGCAUUUGCAAGGCUAAUUAUUUAACUUUUAAGAGAUCAAUACAUUUCUUAUUAAAAUUUGGCAUAACCAUCUUUUGCUAUACUUUACUCUAGUUGAUUUUUGAACUUUCUAAAAACUUUUAUCAGCUGCUGCUCAGUGACUGAAAAAAAAAUGGCAUUCUUCAUCCUAGCCUCAAGAUCACCUAAAGACAAAGAUUUGAUGGAUGAGCAAUAAUUUUGACCCAGAAGAAAAUGUCUAAUGCUGAUAGAUCAGGUGACCAAGGUAGCCAAAAAAGACCUCUAUUGAUCCAUUGGCCUGAGAAAGUGUCAUACAAAAAUUGUCACAUAUGUAAUACAUAACGACCCUCUUAUUAAUAUAUAAUGACUCCCUUAUUAAUACACAAUGGCCAUCUUAUUAAAAUUAAAAGUUUAUUAUUCAAAAUUCACAAAGUCAAAUAAGUAUAAAGGUUACUUAAAUAAUCAGACUUUCAAAUGACUUUUAGGGAUAAUUUUCUAGUAUAUAUAUUUCUGAAGUUAGUAAAACUUAAAACUACACUAAGACUUUUGGGAUGCUCUGUAUAUCACUUAAAGACUGGCAAAUUGCUUUACAUACUUUAUUUCAUCUGUGCCUCAUGACAACCCUUUGAGGUAGGUACUACCAUUAUUAUUAUCUAUAUUUUGCAAAAUAAAAUAUUGAAGCUCA